AUGCAUUUUAGGGAGUUACCGGGAGUUUUAAUGGCAAUCACCAUACCAAAUAAAUAUCUGGAGCUGUCUAAAACAGGUCCGUACCACCACCAACUUCCUAUACUUACCUACAUCAAGACUUAGAUUGUAUGUUUUGUUGUUGUUGUCCGACAGAAUAAGUAGCGAAAAGCGACAGAUUAAUAGAAAUACAUUUUAUUGAGUCUUCUAUCAGCUCACAAUUUAACUUUCGAUAAAAUUGACAAGACUAGAACAUGGAGCCAAUUAAUAAAAGAUACAACACCAAAACAAAAGUACUACAAAACUAUAACUCAUGGACACCGUACCGCCAUCGCCCCUACGAUAUAAAGGUUCUCCCCGAAGCAUAUUCCUUACCAGUCGUAGGCAGUAACAGCUACCACCAUGUCCUCGUUCAAGGCCAUGUUCUGUGACCUCUGCAUCGUCCUGUUGGUGGGACUGACCGUGGUCCUCGCCGAAGAAAAGCCAAGCGGAACAGUCGCCGUCGACGAGGGCCCUAAAGGGAACUGCUCAUGCGGUGGGUUCCCGACGUCGACCCCAGAAGUGGACGCGGCGCCUCUACUGUCCCAGACGCCUGGCCUGAUCGUGAAGUGUGACGAUGAAGGUGGAAACACAUGCAAGAGCUUGUGCAACGCUCUAGCUACAGCUACUAAAGCAAAGGGACCAGAAAUCUUGUGUAACAAGCUGAAGGAUGCUACUGAGUUGAAGCUGUCAGCAUUUUACAAGAUCUGCGACAAACCCUGGGUCUACGCCGAGAUGACAGCCGAAGAGCCGCUAUGCUGCGAAACCAACAAGGUCAAGAUCUGCCCGUCAGUUGAAAAACUCAACGCUACGUCAGCAGUAGACGUGAUUGACGCCAAGACCGUCAUGUAAAGGAAUUAUGAGGCCUACAAUAGUAGUUUAGCUAUGACGUAUCAUUGAUGUGAUUGUUUUAUAUUCUUAGAUGUAAUUAGCUCUGAAUAAGCAGGCGCGACUGAAUAAACUAUUGUAUGCAAGAACGAAAUUGUUUAUGUUUUAUUUUCAUACAUUAUACGUCAGAAAACUUGAAAUUAAUUUGUCAUUUAGCAGACUAUUCGUAACAGGCGA